AUGAACGUUUCACAGACACAAAUAAGUAAUCGAUAUUUAAGCCAGUUUUGCGAAAAUAACAACUGUACGUAUGAUGCUUUAAAAAAUAAAAAUGGUAAAACGAAUUUAAUUGCUUCAGAAGUUGAUUCAAGUUGUGGAACGCAGGAGAAAAGCGUGGAAACAUAUUAUGAAACAAAUGAGGAAAAUAAUGCACCAAUAAAAUUAAAUUCUGUUGAUAUAGCUAUAAUGCGCAAAAAAUGUUUUGAAGAGCACAUACAUUUAACCGAAGAAGAGUUAUAUAAUUUAGUGAAUACAUUGGAAAGUGUCCCUUGUAAGUGUGACAUGAAUAGUAUAUGGUGGCAACUGCGUUAUAUUGAAGCAGGUAAAUUUGAUAAUAUACAGAAUGUUUUAUCAAAACAUUUAAAAGUUUUGGCAGAAAAAUAUAAGGCAAAUGAUAAUUUUUUGGAUGGUAAAUUGGAGUAUUGUUCUGAAAUCAUAUGGAGAAGAAAAAAAGAGCAUGAAGUUUUUUACAAUAUGCGUUUUUAUGCUCUACUUGAUCGGGAAUCUUUUGAACUGAACGAAUUUGUAGAUAUUAUCAAUGAGAGCCGGGAGUCAAUUAGUAAAUUUGAACAAGAAUUGAUUAACACAAAUGAAUCGUUGUUCAAUGAAAAAGUGAAAGAAAAAAAUGAUAUAAUUGAAAGAAUUAUAGACUCUUAUUUUGGUAAUUACUGA